AUGAAAAAACUCUCUACACUCAUCGCCCUCACCUUAACCAGCUUGCAACUCUGUGCAACGGAGACAAAAGUUGGGAUCGUCAAUUUCGUCAGUUGUGUGACUGAAUCCAAAGUCGGUAAACACGAGCAAUCGGCCGUCGAAGAGAUGCGCAAACAGAUCGCAACGUUGAUCGAAGAUAAAGAGAAACAACUCAAAGAAGUCACAGAACAGUUGCAAGACAGAGAUUUUCUCGAUGGUCUCUCUCCUGAAGGAGAGCAAGAGCUCAAAGGGAAAUGGUCCCAACUCAGCGAAGAGAUGAACCGUUACAACCAACAAUAUUACCAAUUCAUCCAGCAAGGACAAAAUCGAAUUUUUCAAAACGUCGUCGGUGGAAUCACCUCAGCUGCAGAAAAACUCGCCUCUUCUAAAGGCUACUCGAUGAUCCUCAAUAAAGAGGCUUGCUUCUUCUACGAUCCCAAGCUCGAUAUCACAGCAGAUGUGAUCAAAGAGAUGGAUAAAUCUUUUGACGAUACAGAGAAACAACCCGCUGUUGGAAAGUAG